AUGGAGCAACAAGAUUUAGACAAAAAACAAAAAAAGAAAAAAAGUUUGUUUGACAAAUUAGGUUUAUCAAAAAAAAAUAAAGAUGAUAAAGAAAAAUCAACAAAAGAACCAAAAAAAGAUAAAACAAAGGAUAAAGAUAUAAAAGAUAAAGAUAAAAAGAAAGAUACAAAAGAAACAAAUGAUGUUAAAGAAAUUGAACAACCACCACCACCAACAGUUAAUGAUAAUAAAAAUUCUGAAUCAAUCUUAUCAUCAUCACCAUCUGAUGUAGAUUUAACAUCACCACCAAUACCAAUCAUAGCUGAUUCUAAACCAACAUCAGUUUCAACAACAAAAUCACCCUCUGAUACUGAAAAAGAAGAUUUAUCUCCAAAAACCACUUCAACAACAACAACAAAAGUAGAUGAAAUAAAUAAAAUUGAAAAUGAGGAAAAAGAGAAAGAGGAGGAAAAAGAGAGUGAAAAACAUACUAAAAAAGAAAUUGAAAAAGUAAAAGAGGUUGAAAAAGAAAUUCAAAAAGAAGCUCCAAUUUUACCACCAAAAUCAAAUACAGAGACAUUACCUAAAUCAGUAUCACCUGAUCAACAACAAAAAGAAAAAGUAGUAACUCCACCAAUUUUAAUAUCACCAGAAGAACCAAAACCAAAUUCAACUACAACCCCAGUUAAAAAUUUAAUAACACCAACUUCAAAUAAACCUUCACCAAAUAAAAGACAUUCAUUUGUUCCAAUUAUUCCACCAACUCAACAUAAUAUGGGUGUUAGUAAUAAUAAUAAUAAUAAUAAUAAUAGUAAUAAUAAUAUUGGUGGUUUAUCAGGAUCACCUAAUAAAAUAACAUACAGAAAUUCAAUAGCCAUACCAAAUAAUAAAGUUAGUGGUUCAAGUCCAAUUAAAAAGAAUUCUGAAUUUGCAUCAAAAUUAGAGGGUUUGAUUGGUAUGGGUGGUAAUCCAGGAUUCGCAAGAGGUGGAGGUAGUAUGAUUGUACAAGGUUCAAAUAGUAAUAAUAAUAGUCCUGUUAAACCAAUACAACCAGUCACUGAGGAAGAAGCAAAAGCAAAUUCAUCAUUAUUAUCACACCCAACAAGAGACAGGGCAAAGAGGUUAAGUGUUAAACCACCUUCAAGAAGAAUGACAAUUGCCCAUUCAACUCCAAUCGAUUUCUCUGAUCAAAGUAAAUUGGAUGAAGAAUUCAUUGGUACAAAUAAUAGAAUGGAUCAACUAAAACAACAACAACAACAACAACAAAAAGAAGAAAAACCAAAAGAAGAAGAUGAGGGAUUGGUUGUAAAAGAAAGAUCAAUUACCUCAUUACCAACUCCAAUAAUUAUAACAGAGACAUCACAAUCACAACCAGAAUCAUCACCACCAAUACAAAUAACACCAUCAAAAGAAUCAGAACAACAUGAAAAGAAAGAUAACAAAGAAAUUGAAAAAGAAAAGGAAAAAGAAUCUGAAAAAGAGUUUGUAGAAAAGGUAAACCAAGAAAAGGUAGUGAUAAAGAGAGAAAAGAAUGUAGAAAAAGAGGAAGAAAAAUUAGAAAAAGAAAUAGAGACUGAAAAAGAAAAAGAAGAAAUAGAGACUGUAAAAGAAAAAGAGACUGAAAAAGAAAAAGAAAAAGAAAAAGAAAAGGUAAAAGAAUUAAUUGUAUCACCUGAAUUAUCACAACCAGUUUCAACAUCAUCAUCAUCAUCCUCUUCUUCAACAACCACUACGACUGAAGAAAAAAUUGUCUUACCAAUUGUUAUCUCUCAAACUGAUGAGAAAUCACAACCACCAUCUUCAUCUCCAUCUCUAUCACUAUCUUCACCAUCAACAAUAGCAUCUUUAGUCACUACUACUACAACUACCACAACCACAACCACUACUACAACUACCACCUCUCCAUUAAUUAGUGGUUCCAAUACAACUACAAACUCUGUAAGUCCAAUUACCUCACCAAUAAGUUUAACUUCAUCAACACCAAUUAGUAAUUUGAAUAAAUCAUCAGAGGGUACUAAAGCACCUGUUCAUAGACCUCCAACUCCAAAAGUUGAAAAUGAAAAUAGUGUUAUUAAACCAUCCACUUUAGUUAAAUCAUCAGAAAGUAUUAAAACUUCGCCGCCAAUAGUUGAAAAAAUUUCAACUUCUGAUAGCAACAAACCAGUAGAGAAUGUAUCAUCAUCAUCAUCAUCAUCACCACCAUCAACAACCAAUGUAAAUAAAACAACAAUUUCACCAAAACCAGUAUCAACCACUAUUAAUAAACCAACUAUACCAUCAACUGCACCAUCUACUCCCUCUUCUAAUAUAAAUAAACUUGCUGCAGCAUUUAAUAAGCCUGCUGCCACUACUCCAAUUACAAAUACGACUUCUAUCAGUAAACCGGCUGAUACUAUUGUAACUAAUAAGCCUGCUGCUACUGUAACCAACAAACCUGCUGCUGCUAAUACUAAUAUAAUCAAUAAACCUGCCACUACUACUGUGACCAAUAAACCUGCUGCUACUACUGUAACCAAUAAACCUGCUGCUACUACUGUAACCAAUAAACCUGCUGCUGCUACUGUUGGUACAACAACUACUACCACAUCAACAAUUAACAAACCCACCACUACAGUUGUACCACCCGUUAAUAUUAGUAAAAUAGCUGCAACAUUUAAUAAGCCUGCUGCAGCAGCAACAACAACAACAACUUCAACCAUUGCAACAAGUAAAUCUACAGCAACUGUAAAUAAACCACUCUCAACAACACCAACUACAUCACCAACUGAAAAUAAAACGACAUCAGUAGUUUCACCAAAAUCACCAAUUUCACCAACCACCACCACUACUACAACUACAGCUGUCGCUAAACCAUCAGCAUCACCAACUGAAAAUAAAACAACGACAUCAGUAGUUUCACCAAAAUCACCAACAUCAUCAUCAUUAUCACCAACAUCAACAGUUACAGCUAAGCCUUCUAUAUCUCCAACUUUGAAAUCAUCAGCAACUAUUUCAACAGCAACAGCCUCAAAACCUACAUCAACCACAGUUUCUAAACCUGAAACGAAUACAAUCAAUAAAACUGCUCCAACAGUUACUUCAACAACCUCAACAACAACAUCAUCUGUAAAUAAACCACCAGUUACAAUUUCAAAAUUAUCUCCAACAACAACAACAUCACCAACAACAACAUCACCAACUCCAAUAUCACCAACUUCAUCAAAUGAUCCAAAAUCAGUUAAUCCUUCAUCACCACGUUAUACAUCAACUGCAACAACUAUGGCAAAGUCAACCCCUACUACCACCACUAAUCCAGUAUCACCACGUUUUGUUUCAACAUCAACUGCCACAAUCGCAACAAAAACAUCCCCACCAGCAUCAACUUCAACCACUACCAAUAGUCUAUUAUCACCACCAAAUAAAAUUAUAACCAAGACCACAAGUCCAAAACCUGGUAGAAAAGAUGAUAUUGAAAGAUUAAUCGAACAAGAUAAAGAUAAAUCAUCUUCUUCCUCAAUUGGAAGUGAAGAUAUUGAAUUAAGAGUUGAAAAGAAAUCAAAUAACAAUAAAGAAUCUUCACCAACAGGAGUUACAGUUAAAUAA